CUACAAUUUUUUUUUCAAAAACAAAAAAAAUUAAAGGAUAGUCACUUUAACAGUGUCCUCUACAACCUGAGAAAAAGAGAGAGAGAGAGAGGUUAAUGCGCUUUGCAAUACCUUUUACCUCUCUUCCGCCAUUAGAGCUCUCCCAAGUGUGCUCUUCUCUCUCCCUCCCCCAAACCAAGCAACUCCACGCCCUUCUCCUCCUCACCUCCCUCCACCACCGCCACCACUCUCCUUCUCCUCCGCCCACCUCUCCCCUUCUCCUCGUCCUCCCCCCUCUCCUCCGCUCCUACGCCGCCCAUGGCGACCUCCCCUCCGCCCGCCACCUGUUCGACCAAAUUCCCCACCCAACCACCCUCCUCUACAACUCCAUCAUCCGCGCUCACGCCUCGCGCCGCGACUUCCCCUCCGCCUCUCGCCUCUUCGCGCAGCUCCGCCGCUCCGGCGCGCAGAAACCCGACAACUUCACCUUCGCCUGCGUCCUCCGCGCCUGCUCGGACAAUUCCGAUCCAAUCGGCAUUAGAACCCUCCAUGGCGUCGUAGUCUCAUCUGGGCUGGUCGCGGAUCGCGUGGUUAGUAGCGCCUUGGUGAGCGCUUACUCAAAACUAGGCCUUGUUGACCAUGCGCGUAACGUGUUCGAUGACAUGGUUGAACCGGACCUGGUUCUGUGGAAUGCGAUGAUUUCGGGGUGUGGGUAUGUCGGAUUCUGGCAAAAGGGGCUCGAAUUGUUUUGUAGGAUGCGAGAAAAUGGCGAGAAGCCUGAUGGGUACUCAUUGGUGGGACUGAUAUCGUGUUUCUCAGAUUCGAAUUCGCUUCGACUUGGCGGUGCAAUUCAUGGGAUUUGUUUGAAAUCAGGGUUUGAUUCCAAUGCCCAUGUGAGAAGCGCACUGGUGGGAAUGUACUCAAAGUAUGGUUGCACAAUUGAGAGCUAUCAAAUCUUUAAAAGUAUCUCGCAACCGGAUUUAGUUACGUGGUCGGCUCUCAUUACCGGCCUCUUGCAGGCUGGUAGGCAUAAAGAGUCACUCACCAUGUUCAGAUAUAUGAGUAGCUCCGGCACAAGGCCGGAUCAUGUCUUGCUUGCUAGUUUACUCUCGGCUUGUGCUUCGGUUGUGGCUCUUCAGCAUGGGAAACAGAUCCACGGCUAUGCCUUGCGUAAGGCGAUUGAUUCGAGCAUCACAGUCUCGUGUGCUCUCGUAGAUGUGUAUGCAAAAUGUGGACUUCCCAAAUUUGCGUUAAAGGUGUUCGAGUCAAUGCCAAAGAAGAAUUUAGUCGCUUAUAAUACUGUUUUAUCAUGCUUAGGAAUUCAUGAUUUUGCAUAUAAGGCUAUUGAACUCUUUGAAAAGAUGCUUGGUGAAGGCAUUAGACCUGAUAAAGCCACAUUCUCUGCUCUGCUAUGUGCUUGUUGCCACUGUGGCCUUUUAGAUGAAGGAUCAAAACUGUUUGCAAGAAUGAGAGAUGAAUUCAGUUUAGAGAUUCACAUGGAGCAUUAUGUCUACAUGGUGAAGCUGCUUUCCACGGUCGGGAAGCUAAAAGAAGCUUACGAUCUUAUACAGGCGAUGCCGUUCUCGCCAGAUCGCGGUGUGUGGGGAGCAUUUCUAUGGGGCUGUUGUGUUCAUGGCCAUGCUGAUCUGGGUGCAACUGUAGCCGAAAAGCUCUUCUUGAUGGAUCCAAGCAGAAGUGCUUAUAGAGUGAUGCUUUCGAAUUUGUAUGCUUCUAAGGAGAUGUGGUGGGAUGCUAAGAAUCUUAGGGAGCAGAUGACUGUUCAAGGUCUGCAGAAGAGCCCUGGGCUUAGUUCCAUUGGUUAUAGGUGCUUAUAAUAUAGUUUAUUUCUCUCUUUAGUUUGGC